AGAAAGUAAGCACUAAACAGCAUAAGCAUUACAGAUUGCAGUGGCUCCCAUAGAAGGGAGGGAGGUGGUAGGAGCAGUCCCUGCUUUCUGGGACCAGUAAUGUCACCCGAUGAAGUAAGGGGACCGGUGUGAGGGCAGCCAGCUUGGGGACACAUCUGGUACCAGCAAAGCUACUGUGAACAACAUGGCUACCAGUGCAGUGUUGAGUGAGAACCUACCCACUUACAAGCUGGUGGUAGUGGGCGAUGGAGGGGUGGGGAAAAGUGCCCUCACAAUCCAGUUUUUCCAGAAGAUAUUUGUGCCCGAUUAUGACCCCACUAUAGAAGAUUCCUACCUGAAGCACACUGAAAUAGAUGGGCAGUGGGCCAUUCUCGAUGUGCUAGACACCGCAGGACAGGAGGAAUUCAGUGCUAUGAGAGAGCAGUACAUGAGAACGGGGGAUGGCUUCCUGAUUGUCUACUCGGUCACAGACAAAGCAAGUUUUGAGCAUGUCGAUCGUUUUCACCAACUCAUCCUUAGGGUAAAAGAUAGAGAGUCGUUUCCUAUGAUCCUAGUUGCAAACAAGGUUGACUUAAUGCACUUGAGGAAAAUUUCAAGCGAACAAGGAAAUGAAAUGGCAGUAAAACACAACAUUCCUUACAUUGAAACAAGUGCCAAGGACCCACCUCAGAAUGUGGACAAAGCUUUUCAUGAACUUGUGAGAGUGAUCAGGCAACAGCUUCCGGAGAAAAGUCAGAAGCGGAAGAGAAACACAAAGUGGAGAGGAGACCGCGGGUCUGGGACACACAGGUUGCAGUGUGUGGUCUUGUGAUGCUUUGGUACAGAUGGAACAGUUAACACUGUAAGAUGCCUGUACUGUGCACUCCACUAUCCCAGUUUGGGGACUACUUCGUGUAUAACUGAAGCUGGGCUGGACCCACAAGGCCUGUGCCGGUCGCUGAGCUAGCUCUAUGUGCCUAGACUGUGGGUACCAACAAACGCCCACUCGCCAGUCUGCAGAAAUGGCCGUUUGAAAAUCUUGUUUCUCCCUAUCUAAAUGUGUUGCUCAUCCUAUUUGACAUGUUGAGUAUGGAUAUUAUUUUUUAUUCCUUUUUACUUCUAAUACACUUUUAGUUCUAGUGGGGAGAAUAAAAUACUUUAGUAUGGACACUGGAUGUGGGAAAUGAUUAGAAUUCAUGGCAUUGAGCCACUUGACUGAAGACCAGGAACAGUCCUGUGCUGUUAACAAUAUAACUGCCAGAGAUCAACCUGCAGCCAGUUGGCAUUUUCUGUCAAAUUCCAAUGUUUGCAGCAAGACGUCAGCUCACCAACAUGCAUUUCUAGCCUUGUCUGAGCCUCUUUAAAAAAAAAAAAAAAAAAAAAGAUCCAUUUUCUGUCCUCAAUGACCUAAGCUGCUGAGAAAUUCCUUGCUGUGGUACACGCUACUACCACUAGUUUUCUUGAAGGUAUUAAGGCUAUAAUUUUGCUUAUCUUAGACUGGCAGGAAAUGUAAUAUAGAAUAUAUAAAAAACUGACGUGUGUACUCACUGGGUUGAAUGAUCAAGAUCACUGCACAAGGAGAACCAUUGACAGCCUGGCUGCUGAAAAUAGACCCUACUGUAUGCUGUAACCACCACUGGAGGAAUGUUCGAGGGGACCAGUACGGCUGCUCCUGUACACAAUUCUGUAACAUCCCUGGUGCUAUAUUUCAUAUUCUUUGCAGUGGUCCCUAAACUUUUGUCUUGUGACAGUUUGAUACAUCCCCUCUUUGUUUUCUUUCAACGUCUCCAAUAAAAGAAAAAACAAAAAAAAAAGUUAUGCCCUUUUACCACUGUAGAGAACCCUAAUUUCAUAUUUGUUAUUGAAUCAUCAUGUGAGAUCUUCUGGGCCUUACUUCAGCAACCCUAUCUCCUUCAAGCCAUAUGCUGUAAGCCACAGCACUUGCAGGGUUAAGAAGCCCAUCUGAAAUGAAUAAGUAUUUGAGAGUGAGAAUACAUUCCAGCUGGCGUGGUACCCCAGACAAUGUGUCAAACGCUGGAUUGGUGCCAAACUGGGGCCAGAAGGAGGAGAAGAAGAAAUAAAACUUUAUUCCCUGAAUGUUUUAAUUUGUGUGAGGACUUGUCAAACAGUAUUUCAGUGAUAUGUGCAAUUCUGCAGGGAAUUUACAGGUACAGUGGAAAGAUUGUCUAGAAAUGUAAUUCCACUGAUUUCUCCUCGUUUGUUUUGUGAAUGUAUUAACUUAUUACUUGGGGAAUAAAUGGUAGGAACUUUUGUUUCAAA